AGAGCGCAGCGGCGGGGCCAGGCGGACGGACGGACCCGCGGAAGGCAGCCAGCGGCGGCGAGCAGCGGGCGGGGAGCGGAGCCGACAGGCCGCGGGAAGACGUGGGCGCCUGGAAAGGGGGAGAGCGCAGAGGUCAGUAGAAUCUCCCUGUGAUGCAAUAUUCUGUGCCGCCACCAUCUUCCUGAGUACGGGUGUGGAUUUCCCUUUAAAGGAGAAGAAAAUUGCUUCUCUAACUGUUGACUCCUCACUGCACUGUGAAACCAUUAGGAAAAAUCCUUGUGGUUAAAAGCUGAGGCUUCAGAGUGUAACCUGCACUUGGGCCUAGAAAUUAAUUUAAAUGGCGACUGAUACGUCUGAAGCUGAACUCGUCCAUCCUAAGGCACUCCCACUCAGAGUAGGAGCUCAGCUGAUCCACGCGGACAAGUUAGGUGAGGUUGAAGAAAACACCAUGCCCAUUCGUCGAGCUGUGAAUUCUACUCGGGAAACUCCUCCCAAAAGCAAACUAGCUGAAGGUGAGGAGGAGAAACCAGAACCAGAUGUAAGUUCAGAGGAGUCUGCUUCUACUGGAGAAGAACAAGAAAAUGAAACUCCACCUGCUACGUCAAGUGAAACUGAACAGCCAAAGGAAGUGGAGAAAGAGGAAAAGGGAGAAAACAAGCCUUCUGAAGAAACCAAAAAGGAUGAGAAAGAUCAGACUAAAGAAAAGGAGAAAAAAGUGAAAAAAACAAUCCCUUCCUGGGCUACUCUUUCUGCCAGCCAGCUUGCUAGGGCACAGAAACAGACUCACAUGGCUGCUUCCUCACGCCCCAAAAUGGAUGCAAUCCUCACAGAGGCCAUUAAGGCCUGCUUUCAGAAAACUGGAGCAUCAGUUGUUGCCAUUCGAAAAUAUAUCAUUCACAAAUAUCCUUCACUGGAGCUAGAGAGAAGAGGCUAUCUCCUUAAGCAAGCACUGAAGAGAGAAUUACAGAGAGGAGUCAUCAGACAAGUAAAAGGAAAAGGAGCUUCCGGGAGUUUUGUGGUGGUCCCAAAUGCAGGAAAAACUGUUCAGAAGUCUAAAGACAGAAAGAAGAGUAGUUCUACAUUAGCUCCAGAACAGCAGGUAAAAUUGGAAGAUGUUCUCCCACUGGCCUUCACUCGCCUUUGUGAACCUAAAGAAGCUUCCUACAGCCUGAUCAGGAAAUAUGUGUCUCAGUAUUAUCCUAAACUUAAAGUGGAUAUCAGACCUCAACUGUUAAAGAAUGCACUGCAGAGAGCAGUAGAGAAAGGCCAAUUAGAGCAGAUCACAGGCAAAGGAGCUUCUGGGACAUUCCAGCUGAAGAGAUCAGGGGAGAAACCCCUGCUUGGUGGAAGUCUGAUGGAAGACGCAAUCCUGUCUGCUAUUGCUGCCAUGAACGAGCCGAAGACCUGUUCAACAACUGCUCUGAAGAAAUAUGUCUUGGAGAACCACCCAGGGACCAAUUCUAAUUUCCAAGUGCAUCUACUGAAAAGAACCCUACAAAAGUGCGAAAAGAAUGGAUGGAUGGAACAGAUCUCCGGGAAAGGCUUCAGUGGCACCUUCCAGCUUUGUUUUCCAUAUUAUCCCAGCCCAGGAGUGUUAUUUCCAGAGAAGCAGCAAAGUGAAGAGUCUGAGGAGUCUGAGGAUGAUGAUUCAGAAGAAGAAGAUGAGGAAGAUUCAUCUGAGGAAGAAGAAUCUGAAGAUGAUGAACCACCACCUAAGAAACGAUUGCAGAAGAAAGCCCCAGCUAAAUCCCGAGGGAAGGCCACCUCAGCAAAACAAAGAGAUUCAAAGCCUAAGCCCAAAACCCCUGCUGCCCAACGAGGAAAAGCCAGACCUCCCCCCAAAAAAGCCCCACCCAAGGCCAAAACCCCCACCAAGAAAACCAAACCAGCCCCACCAGCCAUCAAGAAGUCUGGUAGCAUCUCUUCCAAGAAGCCAGCAGCAAGUGGGAAGAAGGAUGGGAAGUCUUCCACCAAGGGCAAAUCCAGGAAGUCUCUCAGAGCAAAGAAGUGAAAUGCAGGCCUGGAGCACCGUGGCAAAAUUCAACAUAUUAUUUCUGAAGGUCAUUGUGCAUUUGAUUUAGUUUUGAUGCUUUUAAAAUUGUAUUUUUUUUCUUUGAAAAGCAAGGGGAGGGAAGAUAAAAUAAACCAACUUAGUCAUUUGUUAGCUUUAGGUACUAUUCUCGGUACCUGUCCCUCUCCUCAGUCAUUUUAGUUUCUGCAACAGUUCAGGACUUUUCUAGACUGUGUAAUCUCUACUUGUUCUUUUUUCCUUUCCCUCUCCCCCAACCCCUUUUUCCUCUUUUAAGUGGUGAGCUUAGGCUUUACUAUUUGGUUUUCUUUUAAACAAUUGCAAAGAAGAUUUUUAUAUUUUUAGAAAGCUUCAGGAACAGAACAAUGUGACAUCAGCUGCUAGAAGUAAAGAGGGAGGCAGUAUGACGCUUCUGCCUCCAGGGUCUUCUGCGUUGUGGCUAUAGAGCUUUCUUUUAUUAGUAAAACUGCU